AUGGAGUCAGUCGCCGUGGUGGCCGUGCCCUUCCCGGCGCAGGGCCACCUGAACCAGAUGCUGCACCUGUCGCUGCAGCUCGCGUCGCGGGGCGUGCCUGUGCACUACGCGGCGCCCGCGGCGCAGGUCCGCCAGGCCCGCGCGCGCUUGCACGGCUGGGACGAGCGCGCGCUCCGCUCCGUCGAGUUCCACGACCUCGGCAUCUCCGAGUACGUCUCCCCGCCGCCCGACCCGACCGCGCCGUCGCCGUUCCCCACGCACCUCAUGCCCCUGUUCGAGGCCUACACCGCCGGCGCUCGCGCCCCGCUCGCGGCGCUCCUCGCCGGGCUCUCCGCCUCGCACCGCCGCGUCGUCGUGGUGCACGAUCGCAUCAACGCGUACGCCGCCGAGGAGGCCGCGCGGCUGCCCAAUAGCGAGGCGUUCGGGCUGCACUGCCUGGCGGCGUUCCCGCUCGCCGGGAAGACGGACGCCGGGCUCCGGCUCCUGCGUGACCGCGGCCUGGCGUUCCUCGACGUCGCCCCCUUCGUGUCGAGGGAGUUCGCGGAGUACGUGGCCAAACGCGCGAUGCCGACCAAGGAGAUCUCGCCUGGCUCGGGCAUCCUCGUGAACUCCUGUCACGCGCUCGAGGGCGAGUUCAUAGACGUCGUUGCAGGCGAUCUGGCCGCCGACGGCAAGAAGUACUUCGCCAUCGGGCCCUUGAACCCGCUGCUCGACCUCCACGCGGACGCCCAGAAGCAGAGCAAGCCGCGGCACGAGUGCCUGGACUGGCUGGACAAGCAGCCUCCGGCUUCGGUACUCUACGUGUCGUUCGGCACGACAUCGUCGCUGCGGACGGAGCAGAUCGCAGAGCUUGCAGCAGCACUGCGCGACAGCGACCAGCGGUUCAUCUGGGUGCUGCGCGACGCAGACCGCGGCAACGAAUCGGCGGAAGAAGACGAGAGCCAGAACAGACACGCGGAGCUGCUGUCCAAGUUCACCCAUCAGACCGAAGGGAGGGGCAGGGUGAUCACCGGGUGGGCGCCGCAGCUGGAGAUCCUGGCGCACGGCGCCACGGCCGCCUUCAUGAGCCACUGCGGCUGGAACUCGACUAUGGAGAGCCUGAGUAACGGGAAGCCUAUCCUUGCCUGGCCCAUGCACUCCGACCAGCCGUGGGAUGCGGAGCUGGUGUGCAAGUAUCUCAACGCCGGCAUCCUUGUGCGCCCCUGGGAGAUGCACGGCGAGGUGAUUCCGGCGGAGGCCAUCAGACAAGUAAUCGAGGAUGCCAUGCUUUCGGACCAAGGAGUGGCAGUGCGGCAGCGAGCGAAGGUGCUCGGAGAGGCCGUCCGUGCCUGCCUGGCUGACGGCGGCUCAUCGCGCAAAGACCUUGAUGAUUUCAUUGCUCAUAUCACAAAGUAA